AUGCCGGCUGUCCGCUCCUUUUUCACUCUUUCCGUUUUGGCCGCUUGCCUGGCGCAAGCUUCGGCUGGUUCCAACAUGGGUGGUGACGGUGGCUCGAGUUGGGGCAAUGGAGGUAACAGCGGGAUGGACCAAGGAGGCCAGUACGGCAGCGGUGGCUCCGGCGGCCAGGGGGGCUCUUGGGGUGGUGGCAACAGCUACAACAAUCAAUAUACCUCGACCUGGGGAGCCGCACCAACCACGGUCGUCCAAGCCCAGAGCUGCCCUCCCCAGAGCUGCCCGCCUCCCAUGACCAGCACUAUGACCGAGACCACUACCGUGACAGCCGUGUCGCCCUGUAUGGGAAGCACCGUGACCGCCUAUGUGACUCAAUGGAUGAAUGCUCCGCCCGGGUGCUGGUGCGGUGCUGGCAGCCCGCCUCCCAUGGCCUCCGGCUGGGAAUGGGGAGGAAUGGGCGCUGCUGCCGUCUUCACAUCCUCCAAUCCGUCCUUUACGCCUGGUCUUUCGUCAAUCCCGGCAUCUGAAGCCGUCCAGACUGGCGUGACGGUGGCUGGUGCUCCACCAGCUGCGGCACCGACCGCUGCUGUCUCUCCUGGUGGCUUCUUUGGAGAAUCAUCGAGCUCUGCGAUGACGACAUCUGCCAGAAACUUCGAGCUCGACGACCAGUACAAGCUCAUCGUCAGCAGCAGCAUCUUCUUCAACCUCAUCCACCUCCACCACCACAUCAAAAUCCUUGUCUUCGUCUCCAUCAUCAUCAACGACAACAACGACAACCUUAUCUUCAAGUGA